GUGUGAUCUUCGUCGGAGUCUUAAAGCGGACAGAGCGCACUGAAACAUGGCACAAGUGAAGCUGAAGGAGGAGCCGGAGCCGGAGCCGUGGGAGCCGAACGACGUGAACCACAGUGCGGUCGCUCAGAGCCCAGAAGACAAACACCAGGGUGUCCAAACUCCAAGUGCUCUGUCUCUGCUCCACGUUAAAGAGGAACCAGAGGAGGUGACCAUCAAGCAAGAGACACCUGAGUGUCCAAUUCUCCGCGUGAUCGUCAAGAGCGAAGACGAGGAAGAGGAGGAGGCGUGUCUGCCUGGAGCCGUGAAAGUAGAGAGCAGGGAUGAUGAGGAGACGGACGGAGCAGCAGGUUUAGAGGAGCGUUUAGACUCUGAGAGAGGUGAAAACUAUGAAAGCUCUUCUGACACUGACGAUUCUGAGGACUGGAUGCCUGAAAGUACCACGGAGGCGGAGUGUAACGCCACUGAGGCCAGAGGCGGAGCUAAGCAGCACAAAUGCUCUGAAUGUGAGAAAGUGUUCCAGCACACGGCCAGUUUAAGGCGCCACUCGCUGCAGCACACAGGAGCUCGGCCGUUUAAAUGCCCGUUCUGUCAGAAAGAAUUCAAACAAUCGGGUCAUUUAAAAAUCCACCUGCGAGUCCACACCGGUGAGAAACCUUUCAGCUGUUCCAUAUGCGGGAAGACGUUUGCAGAGAAGCGCACGCUCAAAUCUCACAUCAGAGUGCACACGGGAGAGAAACCUUACAGCUGUACAGUCUGUAACAAACGCUUCACCCAAAACACUCUCAAGAUCCACAUGAGGACGCACACUGGGGAGAGACCUUUCAGCUGUUCAGAGUGCGGAAAAACAUUCACUCUGUUCAAAGUGCUACGGGAGCACCUCGUUGUUCACACCAAAGAGAAACCUUUCGUGUGUUCAGUUUGUGAGAAAACGUUCAGCAGACAAAGUCACCUCAGCUCACACAUGUCGACGCACUCCGGGGACAGACCUUUCAGCUGCACAGUUUGUGAGAAAUCUUUUUCAAAACAAAGUAACCUGAAGGGCCACAUGUUGACUCACUCUGGAGAGAAACCAUACAGCUGUUCAGUCUGUGAGAAAACAUUUUCACGACAACCAAAUCUCACCAGACACAUGCUGGUGCACACAGGAGAGAGACCUUUCAGCUGUUCAGAGUGUGAAAAAACCUUUAUGAGGCAAAGUCAGCUCAACAAGCAUCUGAUGACUCACAAAGCUAAGGGAGUGGGGGUCAAAGGUCAGAGUGUGGACCUUAAAUGUGCUGAGGCUCAGGGGGUGGCAUCAUUUCUCCAGACGACUUAAAUUAAACUUUUUAUGUGUAAUUCCUGUCAUCAUUAUAUCAGUUUGUAUUUAGCGUUUUUAAAAUGCACAUCUUGAAUAUUGUGCUUCCCAGUCCCUCUUCAUCAAGCCACAAUACCCAUUUUAUAUUUGAUACAUUUCUAUUUCAUUUUAAAAAAAAUGUCAUCUUGUGCUGUUAAAGUCACACUUCCAGAGUAUUUGGUAAUAAACCAUCACAUAAGUUCUUGUAAAAAUGUCUAUCUUCAAGCUAAAAUAAUAUUUAUGAACGGCUUUUCCUGACCAGAAGAAACGUGAGCCCUGAACAGAUCAACUCUGUAUUAAACUCUCCUUUUCUUCUCUUCCAUUCUGUAUUUGAACAGUUUUGCAUCUCAGGUUGUGAACAUGAUUCCAUUUGUAAAUUAAACUGUGACUUGAUCAUUUUGA